UUAAAUAUAUCUAUUAACAUAUAUAUACAUGUGAAAACAGAUAUAAAAUGAAUCAUCGAGAUGAAGUUAAUCAGUUCUAUUUCUAUUGUCAAUCAUCAACAGUUAUAACAUAACUAACUAACUACAAUAUCACGUUGAUAAAAACUCGAGGACAGAAAUAUUCCAUGUAUUAUAUUAUCGACAUCGAUAACAUAUAAAAAAUUAUAUAUAUAUGUGACAAUUUUAAUUAUAAUCAGUGUAUUUACAUCAUAGUUUCGAAGCAAAUAUGUUCGCUACUUCUUCACUAGGAAUCAGUACACUUUUUUUACUUGUAAUAUCUGCAAGUGGUGAAGUUGCUAAUAAUACUAAUGUGGAUUAUUUACGAUUUCCACCUAAUUUUCUUUUGGGAGCUGCAACAGCCGCAUAUCAAAUAGAAGGAGCUUGGAAUGUGAGCGAUAAAGGAGAAAGUGUUUGGGAUCGAUUCGUCCAUUACCAGGAUCAUCGUGUUUAUAAUAAUGAUACGGGAGAUAUUGCCGCGAAUUCUUAUUAUAAAUACAAGGAAGAUGUUGCCCUUUUGAAGAAAAUUGGAUUUAAAUCGUAUCGUUUCUCCAUUAGCUGGCCACGAAUUCUACCAACUGGCUUCGUGAACAAGAUCAGUAAAGAUGGUGUUCGAUAUUAUCAUAAUCUCAUCGAUGAAUUGUUGGCAAACAAUAUCGAGCCUAUGGUAACGCUUUAUCACUGGGAUCAUCCGCAAAAUUUGGAAGAUGCAGGUGGUUGGUUGAACUCAAAUAUGGUCGAUUGGUUCGGUGAUUAUGCCAGAGUUGUGUUUUAUGAAUUCGGUUCGAAAGUGAAACGAUUCAUUACGAUAAACGAGCCAAAGUCCAUUUGUCUGAAUGGUUAUUCGUCCGGCAAACACGCGCCUGGCAAAAAAUUGCACGGUAUCGGCGAAUACUUGUGUAUACAUAAUGUAAUCAAGGCGCAUGCAAGAGCCUACAGAAUUUAUGAGGAAGAAUUUAAAAAGAAUUAUAAUGGCCAAGUUGGUUUUUUGAUCAAUAUAAUGGCCUACAUACCUAGGAAUUUGACAGAUGCGUAUGCUAUGGAAGUUGCUUUCCAAUUCAAUGUCGGAUGGUGUUUGCAUCCAAUUUACUCGAAGGAAGGUGAUUACCCAGAAUUGAUGAAGAUCAUGGUGGGUAACAAAAGCUUGGAGCAAGGUUUCAUGAAAUCUCGUUUACCUACGUUUGAUUCAGAUUGGAUUGAAUACAUACGAGGAAGUUCUGACUUCUUGGCUGUGAAUCAUUAUACUUCAAGAUUAGUUACAUUUGGUUCUAUGGGAGAGUUGCCAUCUCAAAGAAAUGAUCAAGGAGUGAAAAUGUUCACGGAUAGUUUUUGGAAGUCAUCAGCAUCAAAUUGGUUAAAAGUUGUACCUGAAGGUUUCCGGAUUAGUCUGAAAUAUUUGGCAACACAUUAUGGAAAUCCUCCAAUGUAUAUCACUGAAAAUGGUGUCUCCGAUUUUGGAACACUCAACGAUGACGACAGAAUCUAUUAUUAUCGAGAAUAUUUAAAACAGAUGCUUCUCGCCAUUUAUGAUGAUAAAGUGAAUGUACAAGGAUAUUUCUUGUGGUCCCUUCUGGACAAUUUUGAAUGGGAGAUGGGAUAUCGGGAACGUUUUGGUAUUGUAUAUGUCGACUAUAAUGAUUCCAACAGAACACGUAUAUUGAAAAAGUCUGCUUCCUGGUGGGAAAACGUUAUAGCUGCUGGAAAAAUUGACACAUCCUAAAUCAUUUUGAUUUAUCUACAAAAAAAUAAUUAAAUACAAUUAAUUAUAAUUGUAAUGAAUUAUUAAUAAUAUUUUUAAAAGUUAUUGUUAAUAACACAACUUAUAUAAUUUUUCUUGUGAAUCAUGAAUUUUAAUUAAUAUUUUUAGUAAAAUUAUUAAUAUGUCAUUUAUCAUUAAUUAUAUUAUUCAUUUUCUUGUCUAAAAUUAAUAUCUAUUUAUGAUUAUCUAAUUUUUUCAAUUUUCUUUUUUUCUUCGAGCCCAUAAAAUUAUAAUGUAUAAAAAAAAUUCUAAGAUUUUCGGCCGGAUUAUAUAUAACUCCAUUUAAAACUCCAUUUAAAAAAUCUGAAAAAAAAAAA